UUUGGGUGAGACGAUUUGUCGUCUUAUCUACGUUCGAACGAGAGAGCCCACUGAAUUGCCGGAGAGCGAAUUGCCGCCGCAUACCGGGGAAAAAUCCGACGGCACGGAAUAGUUCGCAAGCUCCCGAUUAGCGAACUCACUUUCUUCUUCUUCUUCAUCGACUCGUCCUCCAUGAACGUUCCGUACAAUUCUUUUCGAACAGUCACCUAUCCUCUUCCGUCCCCCAUUCAUGUUCCUAAAUCCCUAGUGGCCCCGAAAUUUACCUCACUUUCAGCCGCCCUAAAUUCAGGCAAAGUUGGAUGCUGGAAAAUCGUCCUUAAGCCAGUGAGGAAGACGUUUUUUAUUGUUAGAGCUUCCAAGAGUGAUGAUGCUGGAACUGAGAAGUGGCUGAAAUGGCUGCCGAAGGGAGCUUUAGCCGCCGAUAAAGUCUUGCGCGGCAUUGCCGGUGCAACCGCCAGCCCUAUCAGCCAGUUCAUCUCGUCGCCGGUCACGUUUCUUCACUCUGUAGACUCGCGAAUCAAAUUGAUAUGGCUUUUGGCUCUUGUUGUCUUACCAGCGAGAUCAAACAUCACAAUCCGUUUUGGAUUAGUGAUUUUCUUGGCUUUCCUAUCCAUAUGGACUCUUCCAACCGAAUUAUGGAAGGAUCAAUUGGGAAGAGUUUCUCUACUCUCAGGAAUUUUGUUCAUCAUGUUGGGGCUGGGUGCAGAUGGAGUGCCAUCCCUCCUCCAAUCAAGAACUCCUCCACCUGGAAUGAUGGGAUUGCCUGAUCUUCCUGCAUCUCCGGGAGGUUACUCUUAUUUAAUUGCAAAACUUGGCCCUUUAACUUUUACGAGGAAGGGCUUGUCAAUAGCAAGUACAUCAGCAUGUUUAACUUUUGUUGUCUUCCAAAGUGCAAGUCUCUGCCUCACAACCACAGCCCCCGAGCAACUUGCAUUCGCCAUUCGAUGGUUUAUGCUUCCUUUGGUGUAUUUCGGCGUUCCAGUUGCUGAAAUCACCCUUACACUUUUACUUUCUUUGAGAUUUGUCAGUCUGGUGUUUGAUGAGGUUCGAAAUGUUGCGUUAGGGGUUGUAUCCCGCAGGAUAAACUGGGAACUAUUGACCACAAUGGAGUCGGUUGACGUUUUCUUUACUUAUCUCCGUCGCAUUUUCAAAAAUAUUUUUAGCCAUGCAGAGCAGAUUUCUCAGGCAAUGAUUGUAAGAGGUUUCCGAGGGGAUAGCAGCAGUCAUAAGCUGUAUUUCUUAUCAAACUCAUCAAGCAGAGUGGCAAAUAUUCUCUCCCUGUUGUGCCUGAUUGGUGUCAUCAGUGCUUCUGUUUUCUUUGAAAAAGUCAUCAUCUGAUACCUUCAUCCACUUUUUGCUAUCUAACAAUUCGAUGUGGAAAUAAAUGCGUUCUCUAAAGAUUUUUGGUAUAUGGGCAUUAAAGUUGAUUUGGUGGAUUCGAAUCAUACAGGGUUUGAGAGUCCAGAAGGGUGUUCCUCUGCUCCCUUGAUUGUAAAAUUUUGAAAGCGAAGAUCUUUAUUAAUUUGGUAAGACAAUGGAAAAUUCUCUCUUAAUCUAGGAAAAUAAUAUGUUUCAAAAUCUUUUUUUUUA